AUGUCGCAACUCUUUUUAAGAAGGUUGCCCCCCUUUUGGGGAAUAUUGCAGUUGUGUGGAGGACCAUCCAGAAGACCAUCCAAAAGACCAUCCAGAAAAAAAGUUCCCACCCGCAAUUCCUCCAUUGGAGAUUCCUCCAUUGGAGGAGAACCCCCCCACGAUGGAUCCGCCAAGUGCCGAGACCUCCUGAACGACAAGUACCUGCUGACGAAGAAGAUAAAGGACGUGUUCCGAAAAACGAGAAGGAGCAGCAUGUACCACGAACUGGAUGUAAUCUCCAUACCUCGUGCGGCACUGCAGCAUGAAAAGAAAGGAGAAGAAAUCUGUACAAAUUGCAUUAUAAAUGCCGAUCACUCUCUAUACGCGUUGAGGUUAAGAAAUGAUAACUUUGGGGAAGGACACACAAAAUCGAUUUACGGAUCCAACACAUCAGAUGUGCAGAUUUACUAUGACUAUGAUUAUGAGCAGAAGGAGUACAUGGGAGAUAUUGACUCCAAUAGGGUGAAGGAGGGAGGUGAAAUUGGAAAAGGCAGAGAGAAGGGUAAAGGGAAGUUCUCCCCAUGGAUGACUUGGCUAAAGGGAACAUACAAAAUGAUCGAUUUUGCAAAGAGGUUAUUUCUCAGUCAUGUAGAGAAAGAGGACACCUCCGACUUGAAGAAAGACAUAAAACGAUACGAGCCGAAGAAGCUAAACUAUACGGUGAAGGAAAAAAUGGGAACUGGUGCAUUUGGAGAAAUUUGGUACGCAAUAAAUAUGAAUAAGGAAUCUCCAUUCAAAGAUGUUGUCUUAAAAAAAAUUCUUAUACUUCAGAAUGAAGAAGAAUCGGAAGCUAGUGCAAAGAGAGAGAUAUAUUUUGGAGAGCUGCUAAAAAAUUGCCCCAAUGUAAGUCGCUUUAUUGAAUUCUUUACAGAAUAUGAAAAGGGAGGAAAUGGAGAAGGGGAACGGAAGUAUGUAUGGCUGGUUUUUGCAAAUGAAGGAUACUCGUUGGCUAAUCAUUUAUUCCAUGUAGACAAAAAUAAGGGAGGGAUGUUAACCCCAAGUAAGUUAUGGUGGAGCAUAAAGAAGCAAAAUAUUGGCAUGCUAGUACUGAGAGAUUUAAUGUACCAAAUUUUAAAAGGAGUUAACAAUGCACAUAGGAUGGGAAUCACACAUAGGGAUUUAAAAAUGGAAAAUAUAUUCGUUUCGGCAAGUACCCCUUUCACUGUUCGUAUUGGUGACUGGGGUAGUGCAGUAGAGUAUAAUAAUGAUGACUUUUUAUUUACUCCUUCAGAAAAUGAAGAGACAGAAGGGUACCAACCACCCGAAUCUCUAUUUGGACAUAUGAAAGGAAAUUUUAAUCGUUUGCCAUAUUACGAUAUGUGGGGAAUAGGAAUCGUAUUUCUGCAGUUCGUCUUGGGCACGAAAAAUCCGCUAGAGGUGAAAAAUAAAAGGAAUGCAAUAAAGCUGCAGAAUUUCUACGCUAAGUAUGCAACCCCGGAGGAAUUAAAAGAGGCAAUAUUUUUGCAAAGUCUCUCCGAGUUGUGUUUAACACCCUGGAGUCAGUCUUCCAACCAAUUGAUUUCCCUCAAACAGGAAAAACUACCCUAUUCGUCCAUUUAUCAAAACAACAGUAUUUUGAAUACACUGCAUUAUUUUCUCUCCUUCAAUUUGGUUCAUUUGAAGAACCACAUAUUGCGCAACUGGAGGAAUAGGUACCUUGCCAACACGUACAACUCUCUCGUGCCCUUCUUCCCUAAUUCCUCUCCCCUUUGUGCAGAUGCCAAUUGUCUACACUUGUAUGACCCCGGCUUGGCACCCCCUACCAGUUUGAGUGGCCACUCGGGGAAUACUUCCUACAGAAAUGUCAUGGGCACAGAUUUGCACCUCCGCGAGGGGCACACGUGUGUGGACUGCGACAUUCGCGAGCAGAUGAGUAACGCGGCGAAGAUGAGCAGAGCGGCGCAGCUGAACCAAAUGAUGUUCCAACACUCGCGCGCGCACGCGCUGCUUUCCCCGCCCUGCGACGACGAGGAGUUUCAGCGGAUCCUGCAGGAGAGAGACCCUUCGGGCGUGGGGCUCCCUAACGCCAACGCGAGAAACCUGCUGCGGCGCCUGCUCACCUUUGAUUACGCCAGGCGGAUUACCGCCGAGGAGGCCCUCAACCACCCCUGGUUCGCCGAGCCCUAG